AUGUAUCUCCCUUCGACAACACUACUCGCAGCCAUGCUGCAGCUCGCAGCCCUGUGCUCCGCGACACCCCUCGCCCACCCGCCCCGGGCCUCCUCCGGCCCGGCCUGCACCUACAUCUCCUCCGUGGGCGCCAUCAGCUGCCCCGGCGGCUGCUGCGGCUGGGCGCUCGCCGGCAGCACGACGCCCUUCUGCGACGCCGGCGGCGCCAGCAGCCUGGCCAUCGCGAGCAGGCCCGGCAACUGGCUGGAGUCGUGCGGCGCGCUCGGCGCGGCGACGCGGGACGCGAACAGGAACUACGUCCUCACCGAGUUCCAGCAGGGCGUCUGGCACGCGCUCGUCGAGAACGACGGCUGUCGCUUCGAGGUCAAUAUCGCCGAUCCCGAGGACUCGGGUGAUCCCAUCCAUGUCGCGGCGGGCGACGUGGAGACGUUCCUGGGGCAGGGCAUCGAGCAGAGUCAGGGCGGGAGUUCGGGGGCUACGGGCUCGACCAGGUGUUAUGGAUAUGGGCUGCAGUGGAGGGUGGUGCCGCCUGGCAACUGA